AUGACAUCCUUGGCACCACCAGAUUUGACUCUAACAGAGCAAGAGUGGGCCAACGCAGACGAAAUUAGAGAUGUUGUGACUUCUAGCGAAGAUUUUGAAGGUAUCUCUCUCACAGAUUUUGAAUAUGCCCAGCACGCCUUGUUUACCGAUGGCAAUCUGGAAGAUGCGCUCUUUCGAAUCAAGGGAUUGCAUGACUUUCGAGAGGAAUACAAGAUAACCUCUGAUCCUAGCAAGAGCGUUGAAGAAGGAAUGAGCCUUCUUCGAGCUUUCAUCAAACAGCACCCAUGGUUGCUUUUGGACGUGUCGUGCGACGCCAGUAGUGGAUACUGCUGUCUGAUUUUUGACUUUGCCAAGUUAGACCCAAGCGCUGCCAAGCAAGAUGCCAGAACAAUACAAAACUUUCAUUGGCGGCUUUUACUAUCUUUUUGA